UACUUCGAGCAGCUGACGUCUAUAGUAGCAGAGCAAGGGGGAUUUGACAUAUGUCAACAAAGCUGAUAAAUUAAUCACCAAAGCCCCCCCCAGGUCCCUGCAGCAGGUAUGUAAGCGGGGCUCUGUCGCUGCACAUCUUUCCUCCGCCUCUCCCGCCCGGUUCUCCACGGCCCCGCCCCCACAAACCUCCCCCCUCCCCCGCCCCCCCUCCGGUGUCUCGAGUCGACGCCGCGGUUCCCAUGACGACGCCGCCGCUAGUCACGGCUGUGUUCGCCGCCCAGCAGCAGCAGCAGCAGCAGCAGCAGCAGCAGCAGCAGCAGCAGCAGCAGCAGCAGCAGCAGCAGCAGCAGCAGCAGCAGCAGCAGCAGCAGCAGCAGGCGGGGCGGGACGUGAACACGGCCUCCCUGUGUCGCAUCGGCCAGGAGACGGUGCAGGACAUCGUGCUCCGGACCAUGGAGAUCUUCCAGCUGCUGAGGAACAUGCAGCUGCCCAACGGGGUGACCUACCACCCCAACACCCACCAGGACCGGCUGGGCAAGCUGCAGGAGCACCUGCGCAUGCUGUCGGUGCUGUUCCGCAAGCUGCGGCUGGUCUACGACAAGUGCAACGAGAACUGCGCCGGCAUGGACGCCACGCCCCCAGAGGUGCACCAGCUCUCUUCAUGUUAUCAUGAUUAAACAAAGGGCAGCUAUAAAUACGAGCUGCAUUGGGGCUUUAAGAUCAAGCUGGUGGAGCACAGCAGACCUAGUCAACACCAAAUCAAGAUCCACCUG